AUGGGAUAUAAUCAAGUGGGCGGCGGCCUUGAUGCUCCCGAAGAAGAGACCCCUAGUAGGUCAACAACUGUUGGGGAUGUCCUCAAGAAGUCUGGGUUUCUUCUCAAGUUCGAUCUACAGUAUAGUUACCGGGCAACAUCGGCAACACCAAGCCAACUCUCUGCCAUUUUUGACAAAAUCAAGACCGAAACCAAGAUUACUACCGUGUCUGAAAUCCCCCUGUCUGGUCAGCCUGCCUUUUUUCAAUAUUCAUUCAUCUUAUAUUCACACGCCGACGUGCAGAGAUCUAUGCCGCGCACCAUAGGCGAUGUGCUCCGCGAGAUGCCUGGAUAUGAAGCUAUUGCUGAGUAUCUCGGUACGACUAAGAACGGUAAAGUCGAUGAUGGCGGGUUCGAUGACGACUAG